AUGAGCCUUCCAUUGAGAGCAGCCCUUCGCCGGAGCUCCCAGGAUAUCCGAUACAGGGCUUACAAUCCUCGGUUCAGACAGAUCGCAUUCUCGCAUUCAGAUAUUCAAGCUUCCCGGCUACAACUAUCGCGCGGCCUCUCCUCGACUCCAGCCCGGCGAAAAGAGAAGCCUUCUCCACCGCAACCGAAGAAAGACGAGGCGGAAACUGAGCGCGAAGAGAAGAUUAAGCCGGAGGAACCGACAGAAGGGAAGAAUAAGUCAGAUGAACCGAGCCCAAUCCCGCCUUCAGAAGGCAAGUCGGACUCGAGACCAAGCCAGGGAGCUGGAGCUGGAGCUGGAGCUGGAGGUAGCUCGGGUAGCGGAGGCAGUGAUGGAGGAAGGAGAGGAAGAAAGGGCUCUUCUGAAAAGGCUCUCCAGAAGCCAACUAUACCGGAUGUAUAUCCUCAAGUGAUGGCGAUCCCGAUUGCUCGACGACCUCUGUUUCCCGGAUUUUAUAAAGCCAUCACGAUCAAAGAUCCGAACGUUGUGGCUGCCAUACAAGAGAUGAUGAAGCGAGGGCAACCCUACGUGGGAGCUUUCUUGUUCAAGGAUGAAGCAGCGGAUAAGGACGUCAUUGACAACAUAGACGAGGUUCAUGAUGUUGGUGUAUUUGCACAAAUUACGAGUGCUUUCCCCGUCCACGGAGAUGAGAGUGGCCUUACAGCUGUCUUGUAUCCCCACCGAAGGAUUAAGAUGACCUCUAUUCUCCCGUCUCGUGAUAGCUUAGUGAAAGAGGCUGGUAGCCAGGAAGCAUCGAAAGACUCAUCAGCCGAGAAGCAAGGCGACGUUGUGGCAAGUUUUGAAGAGGGAGCUGCUGAGCAAGCUACAAAGGAAACAGCCCUAUAUGAACCAUCGGCCUUCUUGCGAAAAUAUCCUGUGAGCAUAGUAAAUGUGGACAACCUGGUCGAAGAGCCCAUGGACAAAAAGAGUCCAGUCAUACGUGCGGUGACUAGUGAGAUAGUCAACGUAUUCAAGGACGUUGCAAACCUAAACCCCCUAUUUCGCGAUCAAAUCUCGACCUUUUCCAUGAGUCAGUCGGCUGGAAAUGUGAUAGAAGAGCCUGCUAAACUAGCGGACUUCGCCGCUGCCGUUUCUGCUGGUGAAAUUAAAGAGUUACAGGACGUCCUAGAAACGAUGAAUGUCGAGGAGCGCCUGUCCAAAGCUUUGGUUGUUUUGAAAAAAGAAUUGAUGAACGCCCAACUUCAGUCUAAGAUCUCAAAGGAUGUCGAAGCCAAGAUACAAAAACGCCAACGGGAAUACUGGCUAAUGGAGCAAAUGAAAGGUAUUCGGCGGGAACUUGGUAUCGAGUCUGAUGGGAAGGACAAGCUUGUGGAGAAGUUCAAGGAGAAAGCCGAGAAGCUCGCCAUGCCUGAUGUUGUGCGGAAAGUGUUUGAUGAAGAGUUGAAUAAACUCGCACACCUGGAACCUGCUGCGUCAGAGUUUAAUGUCACCAGAAACUAUCUAGACUGGAUAACACAGAUACCAUGGGGGAAACGAAGCGAGGAGAAUUUCGGUAUUAAGAAUGCCAUGAAAGUCCUGGACGAAGACCAUUAUGGGCUAAAGGACGUCAAAGACCGAAUUCUCGAAUUCAUUGCUGUCGGAAAAUUGCGCGGAACAGUCGAAGGAAAAAUCCUUUGUUUUGUUGGGCCCCCUGGUGUUGGAAAGACGAGUAUUGGAAAGUCAAUAGCUCGAGCCCUGAACCGAGAAUACUAUCGAUUCAGUGUUGGUGGCUUGACUGAUGUGGCUGAGAUCAAGGGCCACCGUAGGACCUACGUUGGAGCUCUUCCCGGUCGGAUUAUCCAAGCUCUCAAAAAAUGUCAAACAGAAAACCCCCUGAUACUCAUUGAUGAAGUCGAUAAAAUCGGAAGAGGACACCAGGGAGACCCAGCAUCAGCGCUGCUCGAGCUGCUUGACCCGGAACAAAAUUCAUCUUUCCUCGAUCACUAUAUGGAUAUUCCCGUGGAUCUCUCUAAGGUUCUUUUCGUUUGUACUGCCAACAUGACAGACACCAUUCCACGUCCCUUGCUAGACCGAAUGGAGCUGAUUGAACUCUCCGGCUAUGUUGCCGAUGAGAAGAUGGCCAUUGCAGAGCGAUACCUUGCCCCGGCAGCCAAAGAGGUCAGCGGUUUAAAGGACGUGGAUGUGAUCCUUGAAAAGGAAGGCAUUGAGGAGCUAAUAAAAUCAUACUGCCGUGAAAGUGGUGUGCGCAAUCUCAAGAAGCAGAUUGAGAAAGUAUACAGGAAAGCGGCAUUGAAAAUUAUCCAACGUCUACCAGAAGAAGAACCUUCAGAGGAAAGUAAAGUUAGAGAAGAAGUGCGGGCAGAACAAGAAAAUGCUGCGAAGCGGGAAGCGGAUGCUGCAACGGAGUCUACUGAGCAACCCCGGGAGGCUCCAAGGCUAGAAGCUGUUCAAGUUCCACCAGAUGUCCACGUCUCCAUUGGGAAGGACAACCUGAAGGAUUACGUUGGACCACCUGUUUUCACUUCGGAUAGACUCUAUGAUACCACUCCUCCAGGUGUUGCAAUGGGACUGGCAUGGACAAGCAUGGGCGGUGCUGCAUUAUACGUGGAAUCGAUUUUGCAAUCUGCGCUAACAUCAACAUCCCGACCCGGCUUUGAACAAACUGGUAACUUGAUGAGCGUCAUGAAGGAAUCUACGGUGAUUGCAUACUCUUUCGCGAAAUCUCUUAUGGCGAAAGAGUUCCCAGAUAAUAGAUUUUUUGACAAGGCGAGGCUUCAUUUGCAUUGCCCCGAGGGCGCUGUUCAGAAAGAUGGUCCUUCUGCUGGUAUUACCAUGGCAACUGCUCUUCUUUCGCUUGCCCUUAACAGGCCCGUUGAUCCUACUAUUGCCAUGACCGGUGAACUUACUGUGACCGGGAAGGUCUUGCGGAUAGGCGGUCUCCGUGAGAAGACCGUGGCUGCUCGUCGGGCAGGAGCUAAAACUAUUAUAUUCCCAGCAGACAAUAUGUCUGAUUGGCUAGAACUCCCUCAGAACAUCAAGGAGGGAAUAGAAGGUCACGCUGCCAGCUGGUACUCAGAAGUAUUCGAUAUAGUGUUUGGUAGUGUUGACCGACACGCUAUUAACCAGCUUUGGACCAAAGAGCUUAGCGAACCGGAGAAGGCCGACAAGACGACUCGGGAAGAUGAAGACUAA